GUGUUUUUCUGUCUGCUCAGUGGAAGCCAUUGCAAGUGUGUCUAUAUGGAAAAUCCGGCAUAAAAUCGUGAAUUUUUGGACAAUUGAGUGCGUAAAGUUGUACUUUCCCUAGAAAUUGUACUGACUUUCUCGUGUAAUGUGCAAAUAUUGAGUGGUUUAUGGUUUUGCUGUGACCUUCCAGUGACAAAACCAAUAAGUGAAACUUGUUUUUGGGAAAGAAGUCUUCUUUAUACUGACUAUUAAAGUGACCAAAAAUCAAUCGGCAUGAAUAACAACGGGUUCAGUACCGGAGAGGAAGAUUCGAGGGGUCCGGCCGACCAAGUUUGCUGUCUUAUGGAUGAUGGCGAACGAUGCCGUAACCAGGCCGGAAAUGCAUCAUACAGCAAGCGGAUUCAAAAGACGGUCACCCAAAGGAGGCUCAAGUUGAGCAUCGAUACGGCUGCACGACACAUUUACAUUUGCGAUUACCACAAGGGUCGCAUCCAGUGCGCUCGUACAAAGCGUCGUCGUCGUGAAUCGGAGGACGACAGCAACGAAACGGACACCGAUUUGCCAGAAGUGGAUCUCUACCAGCUCCAGGUGAAUACUCUGCGGCGUUACAAACGAUUCUACAAGGUGUCUACACGGCCUGGAAUCAAUAAAGCUCAGCUAUCAGAGACAAUUAUGAAGCAUUUUAAAACUAUCCCCAUCAAGGAGAAAGAAAUUCUCACCUAUUUUAUCUACAUGGUCAAGUCCAACUCAAACAAACUGGAUCAAAAGAACAACAACAACAGUGAGGCCACAUGAAAAUGACUGUAAAUUAGGGCUAGAGUCCCUAGAGUCCAACCGGUAGAGUUUAUUUUUAAUUUUUAAGUGUAAUUAUGAGUAAGAUUUCCAGAGAUCAAACAGUCCUUGAUUGUGUUGUCCCGCGUUCCAACACAAACUGUUGAGUUUAUUUUUGAACUCGUUAAAUCGAAUCAGAAGUUGUUCUAGGAUUCUUUUACGGUAAGUAGACAUAGGAUUCAGAUUGUGACACACUCCAGGAACGUACCCUUACCACACAUAAAGUAGUAAGCUAUGUAAACGGCUAAUAGUGCAA